CUCAUGAUCCUGCGAGCGUCUCUAGGUGAUUUAGCGCCGCCAGUCUGAAGCAGGUGUUCAACAUGGCGAUCUCGGGACUCGGAUCUCACUCUAUUUCACUCUUUUGCUACGUGAUUUUCGCAACGUUUCUGCAUAAAGGAGCCGCUCAGACCAUAUCAGUGCAGGGUCAGAACCUGGUGACGAAUAAUGUCUCAGUCGUCGAGGGCGAGACGGCCAUCAUCAGCUGCCGGGUGAAAAACAACGACGACUCCGUCAUCCAGCUGCUCAACCCUAACCGACAGACCAUCUACUUCAGAGACGUUAGACCCUUGAAGGACAGUCGGUUUCAGCUGGUUAACUUCUCAGACAACGAGCUGCUGGUGUCGUUGUCCAACGUGUCGCUGUCGGACGAGGGGCGUUACGUGUGCCAGCUCUACACGGAUCCCCCGCAAGAAGCCUACGCAGACAUCACUGUGCUGGUUCCACCAGGCAACCCAAUCUUAGAGUCCCGCGAGGAAAUCGUGAGCGAGGGGAAUGAGACGGAGAUAACCUGCACCGCCAUGGGCAGCAAACCUGCUUCCACCAUCAAAUGGAUGAAAGGAGACCAACCACUGCAAGGUGAGGCGACUGUCGAGGAGUUAUACGACAGGAUGUUCACUGUCACCAGCCGGCUCAGGCUCACCGUCUCUAAGGAGGACGAUGGAGUGGCCGUCAUCUGCAUCAUUGACCACCCAGCCGUGAAGGACUUCCAGGCCCAGAAAUACCUGGAAGUGCAGUAUAAACCAGAGGUGCAGAUUGUGGUGGAAUUCCCUGAGGGUUUGACCAGGGAAGGGGAAAAUCUCGAGCUGACAUGCAAAGCUAAAGGAAAACCGCAGCCUCAUCAAAUUAACUGGCUCAAAGUGGAUGAUGAUUUCCCCUCCCACGCCGUGAUUACUGGCUCUGAUCUCUUCAUCGAAAACCUUAACAAGUCCUACAACGGAACAUACCGCUGUGUGGCAUCUAACUUAGUGGGAGAAGCCUAUGAUGAUUACAUCCUUUAUGUAUAUGAUGUUCUCACCACAACCCCCCCACCCACCACUACCACCAUCAACGCUUUCCAAGAUUCAAGAGCAGAUGGAGCGCCACAGAAAAUCGAUCACGCCGUCAUCGGCGGAAUCGUCGCGGUGGUUGUGUUUGCCAUGCUUUGUCUCCUGAUUGUUCUCGGACGAUAUUUUGCAAGACACAAAGGUACCUACUUUACCCACGAAGCCAAAGGAGCGGACGACGCCGCGGAUGCCGACACUGCCAUCAUCAACGCAGAGGGUGGACACAACAAUUCGGAUGACAAGAAGGAGUACUACAUUUAACUCUGACUAGACCUGCUAGCUUCCUGUGCUGAACAGCAAACUGUGGACUGCUGGGUUGGGAGGUAGGGGCUGUGGGAUUCAAUCAGGCUGGAUUCACACCUGUGCAGCUGAAGAGACGGUGAGGAGAAGUUGCUGCCAUCGAGACGGACGGGGUGUGGGAUGGCAGAGCACUAGGAGAGCUCAAUUUUAGACCGCUUCACCAUCCAACACCUCCUGCUGGGGCCGGUUUUGUUCAGUUUAAACAUUUGCUAAGAAUUUUGUGCCUUGUUCUGUUCUUACUGAAGUUCCCACUUUCAUCAGGACACCCACAAGCUACUGUCUCUCGACGGUUCGAAUCUACGGUUGUUUUGUUUUCGUUUCAUUUUGGUUUUUAAUUGCCAGCACAUCUCUCUCAUGCCGUUCUGUCUGCAGGUCUGAAAGAAAGCCACACACGAAGUUUCGAUGUACGUUUCGGUCACAGAACGAUCGCUUGGGUUGUUUUCAUGGAUUGAUUCCAAGUAAUUUAUUUGGCAAAUUGCCUGUUGCUCUCCUUAGUCCCUCAGAGAAUGGCUUAGAGAAGAUAGAAACCUCUGUUGUUGUGACCAACAACAUUCAGCGGCAGUAAUGUGUUUUUGCAUUAUUUAUUAGGUAUACUGUAUGUGAUUAUAAUCGGCUUUUGUUGAUAUUAGGGCUGUCAAUUGAACACAUUUCUUCAAUGCCAUUAAAUAUUUAAAAAAUUACACAAUCAAAGUCAGUAACGCCCCUGAUCCAUCUGUAAAUUUUAUACAUUUUUUGUCAUCUAUUUAUUUACUCAAAAUUAUAUUGUAUUACUACUAUUAUUAUUAUUAUUAUUAUUAGCCAUAGUCUUUUCUCUCUCUUUUUUUUUUUUUUUUUUUUUUUUUUUUUUUAAAAAAAAAUAACAAUGCUUUCUUUCUUUAGCUUAAUUAAUGAUCUGGAAAAAAUUCAAAUCCAAAGUCUUCAAAAUUGUGGUGCAAUCAACAUGUAGAGACAUGCAAAAAACUAAUUAUAAUAAUAAUGACAUUUAUGAACAAAUUAAUGUAUUUAUUUAUGGAUUAAUAAUUAUUUUUCUAAGUUUAGAUAUUAAAAUGGCCAUUAAAAUGUGGUGCUCAUAGUGUGAAGUGCCAAAAUAUUUUGCAUUUCAACAAAAUAUCACACUGCUUCACUUUUUAUAAAUAUCUGGGAACAAAAAUCUAAUUCAAUGUCAUGUGGUCCAAUCAACAUGCAGAAACAUGCUAAUAAUAAUAAUAAUAAUAAUAAUAAUAAUAAUAUUAAUUUACAGUUCAAGCGAUGCAACUCCCCAAAAAUGUAAUGAUAUUUAUCAAUUAAUAAUUGGUCAUUAUUACUUGUGAAUUCACAAUUAAUAAAAAUAUUUAUGGAUUAAUAAUUAAAUUUACCAUUUUUCUUUUGUUAAGAUUUGUUUUUCAAAGUUUAGCUAUUAAAAUCGCAUGAGGCAUGAGGUGCCAAAAAUAUUUUGCAUUUCAACAAAAUAUCACGCUGCUUCACUGUUUAUAAAUAUCUGGAAAAAGAAUUCAAAGUCAUGUGGCGCAAUCAACAUGCAGAAACAUGCUAAUAAUAAUAAUUAAUAAUAAUAAUAAUAAUAAUAAUUUACAAUUUAAGUGAUGCAACUCCCCAAAGAUGUAAUGCAAUUUAUGAAUUAAUUAAUUGGUAAAAAGUACUUAUGAAUUCACUAAUUUAUUUAUUUAUGGAUUGAUAAUUACAUUUACCCUGUUUUACUUUUGUCCAGAUUUGUUUUUCAAAGUUUAGCUAUUAAAACAGCACAUUAAAAUGCGGUGCUCAUGGCGUGAGGUGCCAAAAAAAGUUGCAUUUCGAGAAAAUAUCAUGCUGCUACACUGUUUAUCAAAAUCUGGAAAAAAAAUCAAAUUGAAACUUAUGUGGUGCAAUCAACAUGCACAAUAAUAAUAAUAAAAAUGGAAAAUAAUAAUAAUAAUUUACAGUUUAAGUGAUGCAACUCCACAUAGAUGUAAUGAUAUUAAUGGAUAAUUGGUAAUAAUUACUUGUAUUUAUGGAUUAAUAAAUAUAUUUACCCUGUUUUUCAAAGUUUAGCUAUUAAAACGGUGCAUUAAAAUGUAUGCCAAAAAAUUGUCUACACAAUACACAAAUUAACAAAAUAUCACAGUGCUAUACUGUUUAUAAAUAUCUGGAAAAAAAGCUUCAGAUUCAGUGGUGGUGCAAUCAAAAUUCAGAAAUGUGCAAAAACAUUAUAAAAAUUUACAGUUUAAGUGACGCAACUCCCCAAAGAUUUAUGAAUUAAUAAUUAGUAAUAAUUAUUUAUGAAUGAAUUCAUAUUUAUUUAUGGAUUCAUUAUUAAAUGUACCGUUUUACUUUUGUCAAGAUUUGUUUUUCAAAGUUCAGAUAUUAAAAUAACACAUUAAAAUGUGGUGCUCAUGGCAUGAGAUGCCAAAAAAUUGUUGCAUUUCGACAAAAUAUCACAGUUUAUCAAAAUCUGGAAUAUAAAUAAUAAUAAUCAUUUACAUUUUAAGUGAUGCAGCUCCCUAAAGAUGUAAUGAUAUUUAUGAAUUAAUAAUUGGUAAAUAAUUACUUAUUAAUUAAUUUAUUUCUGGAAUAAUAAUUAAUUUUACCGUUUUACUUUUGUCAAGAUUUGUUUUUUAAAGUUUAGCUAUUAAAUCGGCUUAUUAAAAUGUGGUGCUCAUGGCGUGAGGUUUUUUUUUUUUUUUUUUUUUUUUUUUUACAUUUCAACAAAAUAUCACAGAAUGGGUACAAUCCAUUAAUGACAAAUUUUGUGUCGGACAGAGAAGACAACCUCCAAAAUGAUUUACUGUGGACUGUAGGGUGAUUGACUUCUAUUCAAAUGAUAUGAAACUUCAACCAACAGUAUAUUGUCCUCCUCUACCUAAUUAGAAUCAAUUUGAUUAAUUCAUCAGCAUAUGUUGUAGUUAGUUUGAUUAAAACUUUAAACGAUUGACAGCCCUAAUUGUACGUUAGAUAUACUGUAUGUGAUUAUAAUCGGCUUGUGUUGAUAUUCUUUCCGGCUUGUAUCGCAUUAUCCAUAUAUACCAGCAUCACCCACAGACUAAUUUAUUGUAAUUAACGCCCAAGCAUUAAAAAUAAAUGCCAAAGCAAAGAAGAGCAGAUCGGCUCCUGGCUCAGCUGUACAGGAAGGCCGUCACAAAGAUGUCCCCUUCUACGAAACACAACAUAUCUCGAGUGUAAAAUAGCUUUCAUUUUUAGCUUGUUCUCAUUCAGUAGGCUCAGUAUGAGGUCGAGGUCAGUGAGUUUCUCCGAAUAUUGUUAGUGCUUCUGUGCGCUUCUCAUAGUGACAUAAAAAAAUUUCGUACUAAAUGAAAUAGAUGGAGCCUGUAUGUUGUAAGCCAUACUCACAGUUGUGCCCUCCAACACGUUUCGGUUAGCAGCUCUUCAAUCCAGCUUAUGUGUAGACGCCAGAUUGAAUGUAAUAACUCUACAAUAAUGCAAUAGUUUAUGAAAGCGAGUCCCGAAUGUCCUGUUUAUCUCAUCUAACAUGCUUUAUUUUCAGAAAGGGAGAAUUUUAACACGGACACGUAUUGUUUCCUCACUCAUAAAAGUAUUAUAAAUGCAUAGAGCGUGAAAUUAUUACAUUAUUGUAGAGUUAGUAUAUAGUUGGUGAAAUAUUACACUCAUAACAGCCAUCGUUUCAUAUCUUUGGCCUUCGUUGGACAGAUGCAUAUUGUUUGUGAUUAAAUACAUGGGGGCAUUUUGGAGUUAUGGUGAGAGUACAGUUAACAUUGUAAAAUCCUUGUGACAGAAUUGUUUGGUCAUAGCGUUUACAUGAAUUUGUGUAUUAUCAAGUGUUAUUUUUUCGUUUGUUUGUUUUUUCUAAGUGUUAUUCCUGAGAUUUUCUGACAGGUGAGCAUUAUUUAGAUUUGAAAUCGCUAAUAAAUUAUGGUAUAUUCGUGCGAGGCUCUUGUAGCUAAUGCCGCUCUUUAUACUUGGUUAUACAGAAAGAUCUUUCCUUUUGAUUGUCAUUGUAUGUUGUACAGAAUUUUGUGGUUUUAUACAGCAGCACAUUUAUUUAAACAUACCUUGUUCUAAACGCCUACAACACUAAACUGAUUGAGAAUGAAGUAAAUGAAAGUUAAAUUAUGCCCCCUACAGAAAACGUUGGGCCCAAGUUCAUAAACUACUAUUCAAAAGUUGGGGGUCAAAAAGAUUUUCUUUUCUUGUAAUUUUUUAAAAUAAAGCAGUACUUUUAUUUCACAAAGAUGCAUUAAGUUGUGAUUAAAAGUGACAAUAAAACAUUUAUAAUGUUGAAAGUCUGUUGGAAAAAUACAACUGCAUCACAACUGUUUUCAACAUUGAUAAACAGAAAUGUUUCUUAAGCACCAAAUCAGCAUAUUAAAAUUAGGGAUGGGACAAUACAUCGAUUUGUGGAUAGAUUCUGAGAUCUUUCGAAAGCAUCGCUGUUCUCUUUGGAAAAGAUUUUAAAGGAGAACUCCACUUGCAGAACAGCAAUUUACAAAUAAUGUACUCACCCCCUUGUCAUCCAAGAUGCUCAUGUUCAAUUGUGCCCACAAUUUUAAACUUCCAAAAUGUAGUUUAA